CGCGGUCGUGAUGCACGAGAAGCGCUCUUUGGCCUUGCGCGCGCUGCUCGUACUGGCGGCAGCCGCAGGCGCAGGCGCUGCGCCCGCAGAGGAGACGGCGCCCUACUCCAGCAAGUAUGACAGCGUCGACCUGGACGAGGUGCUGGCCAGCGAGCGCCUCCUCGACAACUACUUCCAGUGCCUCAUGGCCGACACAGAGGAGGGCUGCACGGCAGACGCCAAGUACCUCAAAGAAGUGAUCCCGGAUGCUCUGUCAAACGGGUGCAGCCGCUGUAGCCUCAGCCAGCGUGAGGGAGCCGAAAAGGUGAUCAGGUUCCUCAUGAAGGAUAAGCCGGUCAUGUGGAACAAACUGGAGGCCAAGUACGAUCCCGAGGGCGUGUACAGGAAGAAGUACCAGAAGCAGUACGACACGGCCAAAGCAGAGGAAAACAUAGAACCGUACUCGAGCACGUACGACAACCUCAACAUGGAAGAGGUGCUAGACGGCGAAGCCAAUUUCCUCAGAUACUACGACUGCGUGAUGAUGGAAACAGAUGAACGCUGCAAUACCAACGGGAAGUACCUCAGGGCGGUAAUUACAGAUGCGCUGACGAACGGAUGCAGCCGGUGCAGUGAGAAUCAGCAAGUGAGCUUUGUGAAAAUAGCCUGGUUCCUAAUUAAUCGGAGGCCCACCUUUUGGAGCUUCUUGGAAGCUAAAUAUGACCCUGAGGGCACAUACCGGAUGAGGUAUCAGAUUGCUUAUGAGAAGAUCAAGGGCGAAAAGGACCAGGACCCGUACUCCAGCAGGUACGACAAAGUGAAUCUAGACGAGGUGUUGGCCAGCGAGCGACUUCUGAACAGCUAUUUCCAGUGCCUCAUGUCCGACACAGAGGAGAGCUGCACAGCAGACGCCAAGUACCUCAAGGCUGCCAUCCCAGGCGCUCUGUGGAAUGGAUGCAGUCGCUGUCGCCAUAGGCAAAGACAGGGUGCCGAAAAGGUGAUCAAGUUCCUAAUGAAGAACAAACCGGACUUGUGGAAACAACUGGAGGCCAAGUACGACCCGGAGGGUGUGUACAGGAAAAAGUACGAGAAGGAGUACCAGAGGCUGAAGGAGGAGCAGGGCGCCAGUGAGGGGAACACGUCUGCCCAAGACAGCGAGCCUCACUCCAGCAAGUCCGACAGCGCGAACAUCUCAACAGCCGCUUCCAGCGCCUCGUAGACGACACGGGCGAUCGCUACACUGCCGUGACAGCAU